AUGGUUCAAAAUCAAAGGUAUUGGGUAGUCGGGGGAGAUUUUAAUUGUGUCAGAGACCGUGCAGAAAGGAGAAACUCAAAGUUCAUGGCGUCGGUGAGUAAUGAAUUCAACGAAUUUAUAGAUAAGGUGGGUCUCCAUGAGUUUAACUUGAAAGGUAGAAAGUUUACGUUUGUUUCGGGGAACAAGUGUAGUAGGAUUGAUAGAAUUUUUGUAUUAUGGAAUGGUUUUAAUGAAUGGCCAAAUGCGGAAUAUCGGGCUCUUGCGAGGGAUAAGUCGGAUCAUAGCCCUUUAAUUUUGAAUGUUGAAGCGCGUAAUUACGGUGCAAAACGAUUUAGAUUUUUUAACUCGUGGCUUUCGAGGGAGGAUUUGGAAGAAGUGGUCGUAACCGUCGUUAAAGAUUAUGUUGGACAGGGGCCUCCGGAUUUAAUCUUUAUGAACAAGCUCAAGAAGGUUAAGCAAGCGAUUAUUGAAUGGAGGAAAAAGGUCAACAUUGAAGACGCGGAGGAGGAGUUAAACUUGAAACAAGAUAUCAUUGAGUUGGACGCCUUGGUUGAAGAUAGAGACUUGACGGAAGCCGAGCAAUGGGUACAUAUAGAAUUGAAUAAGAAAUUGAAAGAGUUGGAAGUGUGUAAAGCCAAAGACCCUUGGAUAAAAAGCGCGGGUGAAAUGGGCUAA